CAACAGACGAGUUUCGAGUGACAUCAGUAUGUGCGUGAAAGUUCCCACAAUACAUUGCGAGCACGAGAACCCACCCAGAGGUUGCUAAGGCAACAUGCCAAACGAACAAGGACUCUUCGGAGGACAUGACUGAGGAGGUGGCCUUACAAGAUUAUCCGCCUGAACGGCCGGAUGCUCUCGAUCAGUCAAGAGAUGAGCAGGGUACCGAUCCCCAGACAGCCCGCACAGCAAAAUUGGGGGCUAACGAGCCACCAGCGAAUGUAGAGGUCUCUUGCGGCGUUGAAAUAAAUGAAGCCCGUGCAGGUGAGGACGAUGAGGAUAAGAAGAGGAGAACAACUGCCGAGCAUCUGCAUUACGACUAUGAAGAACUCUGUUCGAAAGCGUUUACUACUGCAGACUCCAACAUCCCUCCGAAUCUGCUGCAGCUCUCGUAUUCGUUCGGCUACGACUGCAAGCGUCGGGCCAACCUGCAGCUGCUGGAUGAGAGCACGCUGGCCUUCAUGGCGGGGAACGUGCUGGUUCUCCUGGACGUUCGCACCAAAGAGCAGCGCUACGUCCGCAGCUGUAGCGGAGGCGGCAUCGGCGCGAUUAUGACUCAUCCCACUAAGAGAUACCUUGCCGUGGCGGAGAAGGGCGAGCUGCCCAACAUCAUUAUUUAUGAGUACCCUUCACUGCGCCCCUACCGACUCCUCAGAGGAGGCACAGGUCAAGCAUACAGCUUUGUGAAUUUCAACCGUGAGGGCACCUUGCUGGCAAGCGUUGGUAGUGCGCCCGACUACAUGUUGACCCUCUGGGACUGGAGAGAGGAGCAGGUAAUGUUGCGCUGCAAAGCCUUCUCCCAGGACGUCUACCGUGUCACCUUCUCCCCAGACAAUCCAGGGCAGCUCACCACCUCAGGCUCCGGACACAUCAAGUUCUGGAAGAUGGCGAACACCUUUACAGGCCUGAAGCUGCAAGGCAUGCUGGGAAAGUUUGGGAAGACAGCUCUGACAGAUAUUGAGGGAUAUGUUGAGCUUCCUGAUGGCAAGGUGGUGUCGGGCUCAGAGUGGGGCAAUAUGCUUCUGUGGGACGGGGGCUUGAUAAAGGUCGAGAUUUGUCGGAAAGAGGGCCGCACUUGUCACGCUGGGACCAUCCAGCAGUUUGCCCUGGACGAGGGGGAGCUGAUGACCAUAGGCACAGACGGAGCAGUCCGGUGUUGGGACUUCGAGACCAUCGACGCAGCAGACUGUGUGGAUGACAGCGGCCUGUUUGAGCUCGAGCCCAUGAACGAGGUGAUGAUCGGCCGUGGCGUGAGCCUGUCCUCCAUGGUGAAGAGCUCCGUGCCCGACUCCACCUUCUGGUUUGCCCAGGAUUCUAACGGAGGGAUCUGGAAGCUGGACCUGUCAUUCUCCAAUCUCACCCACGACCCGGAGUGUCUUUUCUCGUUCCACGCCGGGGCGAUUGAGGGCAUGGAUGUUUCUGGUAGCAGUCACCUGAUGGCCACCACCGCGUUGGACUGUUCAGUCAGGAUCUUUGACUACCUCUCUAACAAGGAGCUCACAACCAUCCGAUUCAAACAGGGUGGGACGUCUCUCACCUGGGCCCCCCAUGCGGUGAACAGUGGUGAGGGUCUUCUGGCGGUGGGCUUUGACGAUGGCGUGGUGCGUCUGUUGGAGCUGUACAAUCCUCAGAGGCUCCGCGUAGUUGCCGGAAUUAGUCGCUCCGGUGACGCCGAGCUCCGCCUCAAGCAAGCCUUCAAGCCCCACAAUGCACCUGUGACCGCCAUCUCCUAUGAACGGGACGGAGAGAUGAUGGCUACCGGGAGUGUGGACUGCACUGUGUUCUUUUUUGCAGUAGGGGGCAGGUAUGAGCCUAUCGGCUUUAUCUCUGUGCCAGGACCAGUGCAGGGUCUACAGUGGGCUCCUCACUCUCAUGAGAGAAACAGUCUGCUGGUUGCAUGUCAGACUGGUCAUGUCGUAGAGGUUGAGGCUCCUGGACUAGGCGGUGUGAGUGUGGGUAGCUCGUACCUUCUGCAGAACCUUCCCAUCAGACACUUCUGCUUCCACAGCAUCAGGUCACGUAUUGAGAGGGAUGCGGAGAUAGCACGCAGGCAGGUGGUGAAGGAGAAGAGAAAAAAGGAGCGUGAGGAGAGGCUGCGGAAGGUGAAGGAAGCAAGCCGAGAGCCCACGGAGGAGGAGCUACAGGAGGAGGAGCUACAGGAGGAGGAGGCGGGGAAGGAGGCGGAGCUACCGCCCAUCUACAUCCCCAGCCCCCCCAGCCCUCUCUUCUGCAUGUUUUACUCAGAGCCUGGAGCCUUCUGGCUCUCAAUGGGAGGCUAUGACUCAGGCUACCUGUACCACUGUAAGUUCUCAGAGCAGCAGGGUGUGGACCCUGCAGACAGGAGAGACGAGCCUUUCUCCUUCCUCCCCAUCCAGGGCACGGAUCGCAACCCCAUCCUCUCCACCUGCUUCAGCCCCGCCAGGAGACUGCUGCUGUGCGGCAUGCAGGACGGCAGCGUCCGGGCAUACCCCGUGGACGCGGCCAAUGCGGCCCCUGGCGCCAUGCAGGCGUACUGGGCCCUGAACCUCCAUGACGGGCAGGGCGGCGCCGUGCGGCAGCUUCGCUCCAGCCAUGACGGCCGCUUCGUGUUGAGCGCAGGCGCCGACGGCAACAUCUUCUCGCUGAGCGUGGUGACCGAGGAGGAGCUGGAGGAUGCCCUGCGCAGAGGGCGGGCCGCGGUGCCGUCACCAUGCCCCAGUCUGGAGGCGGAACCAUUGGCCCUUGAUAUAGAGGAUCCCACUGCAUACAGUAUAGAGACAGCUAAGCAGAGGCUGGAGCUGGACCGUCUGCUCCGGGAGGCGGAACUGAGAAGGCAGGACCGCCGCAAGCAGCUGGCCGAGCUCCGCAAACGCUUCCAGGCCCUGCUGCAGCUCAACCAGAGUCUGCCGGCACACGCCCGCCUGCAGCCCACGGAGUUUGAGCUGGACAGCUGUUUCCGGGAGGAGGCAGACAGGAGGACGGCGGAGCGAGUGAGAGAGGUGAGGAGGGAGCUUGCCUGGGAGGAGGAGAGGCACCGCAUCGGCCUCCAAAAAAUGCAGCGCAGGUUUUGGGACUCGGUGGUGUGUGACACUGUGACAGUUGCAGCUUUUAGCAGUGAUCAUAAGCUGAGCACCUACAGGCUGCUGGCCCUGUCCAGCAUGGUGCAGGAGCUGAGUGAGCGCGGGCCAGACACACAGGCAGGGGGCCCCAGCACUGAGGAACAGCAGGCCGCCACGGCUGGACAGAAAGACGUCAACGAUAAAACCAUCAAAGCAGAGCCAACGGAUGUAGCCGCAGUGCUGGUGUUGGAGAGACGUUACCCGCAGGCUGGAGGCAGCAAGCUGGCUGGCAGGCAGGCGGAGAAACUACGCAAGGCAGCCGAGAAGGCGGAGAAAGCGCGCACCAAGAUCGAGAAGAGGAGGAUGGAGUGGGCGGAGCUCUAUGCUGCAAAACCCAGCAAGGACUCAGAGGACCCAGAGGAUGUGCGAGCAAUCCAAUUGGCUGCCGAGUACCUCGGUGACUUCAAACUCAAAACAGCAAAGGACUUCACGGUACCGGAGCACCUGAGGAUAAACGUGGAGAAGAAGAAAGCCCAGCUGCUUACCCUGGACCGGCAGAUCUAUCAGAAGAAAAGUGAAAUGAAUGCGCGUGUGCUGGCUCUGCGGGACUCUAAAGUGGAGCUCAUCUCUCAGCUCCGCCUCCUCUCCCACCAGCUGCAGGCGCUGCAGGGUCGCCUGCCCCCGGAGAAGCGCCGCCCGCCGCCUGCGGUCCCUACCAUGGCACCCGAGGAGAUGCCAGAGCGGAGGCUGCGCUACACCCGCACCACCCUCCAGCGCUACGCCGCCCUGCGGGCUGAGGCUGCCCGCGACGCCCUCUCCCUGCAGCAGGAGGAGCCCUGGGAUGUGCUAGAGCUGCUCUGGCAGGAGAUCGAGGAGGAGGAGGAGCGAGUGGCGAAGGAAGACGUGAGUCCACGGGACCAUGGCGAGCCAGGCACACGCACGGCGGGGCAGCUGACCGAGCUGGAGCAGGAGGUGCUGGAGGUGGAGGAGAUCCGGAACCUCUACCUGCAGGACGUACUGCUUAAGCAGAUGGAGGAGGGCAUGUGUCGCUUCGAUGCGGAGCUGCGCAUCCUGCGGGCGGAGAAGGUGGGGCUGGACGUUCAGAUGAAGAUGGCCGACUUGCGGCACGUCACGCUGCUGGAGGAGCUGCUGCUCCUCAACGACUUUCAAAAGAGGGAGACCACACUGCAGGACAGGCUCACUGCCCGUGGGCAGGAGGAGAAGGAGCUCAGGUUAAAGAUGGAGGAGCUUAAGCAGCAGUUGGAGCUGAAGAAGAGAGAAAUAGCCAGACUGCAGGAGAGAGAGAAGGCCAUAGCCACCUCCUUCCAGGCCUCACUUGGGGAGAACAAUAAGUUUGCAGACUUCCUUACACGGGUCUUCAAGAAGAAGAGCAAACGUGUGAAGAAGAAAGACAAGAUUGGCACUGAUGAAGAGGACAGUGAUGAAGACUCUGAGGAAGAGUCAGACUGGGAUGAUGAUGAGGAAGAUGAAGGGUCAGAGGGUGGUGCAGAUGCUCUUAAUGACAGUGUGUGCCCCCCAAACUGUGACCCAGAGCUCUUUGAGAACACACUGGUGUUGCGGGAACAUCGGCUGGAUGUGGAGGAGCUGCUGGCAGAGGAGAAGAAGAACGCAGACGCCCUGAAGAAAGAGAAGGACUCACUGGCCAAGAAAGAGAAGAUAGUACAGAGCAGUCUAAAGGCAGCAGAGGGUGAUCUGGAGCUCUUCAACCGAGAGAAGCAGCAGAAAUUUAAUGAGCUUGAUGUGGUUGUGCCACUGAGACUGCACCAGAUCGAGUUUGUGAGUGAGGGCGCCCUCCACGCUAAGCUGGACUCUGCCCUGGUGCUGAACGCCUCAGCUCUGGGCCGCCUGCAUCAGCGCAUCAGGGAGCUGCAGCAGGAGAAGCACCAGCAGGGGGAGCUCUACAGGCAGGCCCGGCAGCGACAUGCCCAGCUCAGCCUAGACCGCAGGGGCAUGGAGGCCAGGAUCCAUGAGUUGGAGGUGCGCUGUGAGCAGAUGAUGAUGAUGAAGUUUGGGAAGCUGGUGGACGUGGAGGCAGUACAGACUCUGUCAGGCAGCAGGAUGCUGGAGGAGAUGAGGCAGGAGGGCAGAAUACGAGAGGCAGAGUACACACAGGAGCUCCGUGUCUGGCAGGAGAAAGUGGUAGUAGCCAGGCAGGCAUUAACUGAGGUGACCAGAGAGCACACAGAACGCCUGAAGGCCCUGAACAGCCUGCUGAGACAGCAGAAAGAACUGGAGGAGAAACUCAAUGCACGACACAGGAAGAUGGGCACACAGUUCCAAGGCCAUCGGCAGGCUGAGGAAGAGGAGCGGCAAAGGCUCCAGCAGCUGAUCCAGAGUCAGAUGGGGGAGAUGGAAUCGCUGCGGCAGGAGAUCAGAGUCCUGUCCCGCAAAGGUGGCCCAGUCCUGCCCCCCGCCCAGCCCUGCUCAGCCCCCGUUGCAGUAAUGUCUGCCAGACACCGUGGCCACACGACUUACGGCCACACCGCCAGCACUAACCACGGGGUGGAGAAGACCGUUUAGCGCAGACCUGGGCGCACAUAUGAGGGAAAUCUUUGCUCAUUAUCCUACAACCUUGUCAUUCCUGCAGGUGCACACGCCUGCUACCUUGAACCCCAAUGGGAAGUUAUACACGCUUGUUUUCCACAUGUGAUGUUUCUCAGUGACGGCUCAAAGGCAGCAUGCAGGUAAAAAAUAAACUGCUUUUGGUGUCAGGUUUACGGUC